AUGGGCGCUGGCAAAGGUCCGUGGGAUGCUAGACUUUGUCCUCCACCCGUUUCUCCUGACACGAGUGGCAUACCUGUCGAAGAUGAGAGGCUGCAGAAGGUGACGGAGUGGGUGUCCAAGCAGGAAGAUCCCAUUGACGGCGAACUGCUGCCAGAUGCGUCCCAGACCGCAAAGGAGCUUCUGGCGAAGGGCCUGUUUAAGGACAAGUUCACCGCGGCUCUCCUUAACGGGGUUGAACCCGAAGAUGAUGGGGGCGUGGGCACUCCGUUCGAGAGCGAGGGCAACGGCGACUGCUUGUUGAAUUCUGUGGCGGCAUUGUUUGCCAACGAAGGAGGUCGAGGAGUCAGAAGUGCAGUGAAGACAAUGGCGGUGAAGCUUCGAUUCAGCGUCGAUGGCCAUUUCGGGGUAUGGUACAACUACACGUCGGAUGUGCGGAAAAGGCUGGAGAAGAACGGGUGGCAUGUGGUGCCCGACGUCGACAACAACUGGCACGUCGGGUCGUCAAAGUGCGCGCGGCUGAUGUUCCUUGCGCAGCUGCGGAGCAUAGCAAAGCCUGGGGCAUGGCUCCAACAAUUUGUCUUUCCGAUACUCGCCACAGUCGCCCAAUCUCCUCUGGACGAUUGGUGGAUGUGUUUUGGUCUACCGCCCAACAGCAAGAACAGAUUGCAAGGUUUCGGGGCUGCAUACAGCUCGAUACAACGGUGUCCACGAACACGUGCACACAAUACCUUCGACAGGUUACAAGUCUCCACAGCACAUGUGGAACCGCUCGUUACGCUACGCUGCUCAUGGUUGCCCUUUAAAACCCCCGCUCGUCGUUUGCAGUCGAGAGAUCUGGUGCUGCUAGAAAGAGUAUCAAUGCGUCAUGUAACUCGGGCUGACUGUUUGUCUGUAGGUACGGGUGCCCUCUUCUGUUCGUCGUGGGCGUCGACGACGAGAAUCGCAGCUGCAUUUUGGGGCAGGGUCUGCUGCGGUCUGAGUGUGAUCUUGACCGACGCUGAUCUUGCAAUGACGGCUGCAAUAGCCUCUUGCUGGCCAGGGACGCUGCAUUUGCACUGCUUGUGGCACGUCUUCAAGAACGUCCUCAAGAACUGCUCGUCAUCAUUUGCUAACAAUGACGACAAGACCGACAUGAUGCGUUGCUUCAGGAACGCAGCUUAUGCAGCUACCCCGGAGGUGUUUGGGACCCAAGUGGCCCGGCUGGAGCAACUUGUGGCCGGCAAGAAGUGCGAAGGAUACAUAGCGAACUUGAUCAAGCGUCGAGAAGAAGCUCUCAUUGUGCGCUCUAUGGGAUCGCCUGCAACGUCUCAGCAAGACGAUUGCCAUAAAGACUGCGAGGUGGACGAAGCGCAGUCGUAUGACGCCGAGUUGGUGAGUUCAGGUCGUGUGGAAGAGAACGGGGACCCGCUGCCUCUCCACGAGCACGACCUCGCCAAGAUUCGCUCAUUGCGCCUCAAGCUCAACAUUCUUCACGUCGCACCACCUGAUACCGAUCUCGAGGGAGACCAGUUAGCCGGCGAAGCUGCGGUGGACAACACUAUGUGGGCGCGUACGUUGCUUUCAGCCUUCCUGGAUUUGAUCGAGGAUAUACCUAUCGAACUGGUCGUGGCCGUUCGAUACAAGUGGACGGCUAACAGACCUAGCCACCUCGUGGUGUUCGGACAUCACAACUUCCACUUAUGUUCCUGUUUACAGCUAUUGCGGUGCGGACUGCCUUGUAGGGACUACUUUGCGGUGCUUGUCAACCUCAUCGGGCGAACUGGCGAAAGUGACGAGAUGGCCUUCACCCAUACCUUCAACGGCUCAUGUGUCCACAACCGUUGGCGCCGAAGAAAAGAUGGCAAGGAUUUGCCGUGGAGCAUCUCAUCGGUGCUGUCGUCGUCAGGUCACGGCGUAGGGUGGGACGGCCAUGACGAAGUCAGAGACGAGAACUACUGGGGACCGACAUGCGAUGAAGCGGUGGAUGGCAUACAUCCAACUGGACCGGGGCGGGCCGCGCAGGAUACAAGCGCUUCCGACAAGCGUCGAGCGUACGAUGGCGAAGAGCGAGGAGCUUGUAGAUAUAAUGAGCGCGGCGGCGAUGGACGUAUGAACCCCUUUGCGACUACACCCCUGCUGAGUGUCGAUAAGAAUAUUGUUACUCUUCCUGUCCCACAAGUUUUUCGUCGAAAGUCGCACUGCAAGCGCGGGCUCGUCAGCGCGAAAAGACCGCGUUCUCAGAGGAAGUCAGAACGCGGAGACACCAGACACACAGUUCCCGACGCAAGUAAUACACGAGCAGGGAGUUCCACUGCGGUGCAGAUCUGCGAGUGCGCGCCACACACAGAGGACCGCACACACACACAGACGCCAGCAGGUGCGAUGAAGACAAAAUUUUUCGCCCUGCUGGCGACUUUUCUCCCCCGCACCAUCAUGGCUACUGCUGCUGCUGCUGCUGCUGCUGCUGCUGCUGCCGUGUCUGCUGCUGCUCUUCGCCCCGAACCUGAAGUCGAAGUUACGGGGGGGUGCACACCCCAAGAGCUCCUGCCCCAAGCCUACCGCCUCGGCCGUGACGCGGCCAACAAGGCGGGGUUUGAGUACAGUCUUCCCAAGGUGGACUGCGUUGUCAAGAGACGGGAAUCCCGCGGCACGUUCACGCCCCCGGGAAAAGCUCAAGCGCACGAGGUUGCCGGAGAUGGGGAUCGUGCUUACCACGCCUUGCUGAAAGAUCUCCAGGCGAGUCUUGGACAGACGAACAUGCGUGUUCCACGAAUGUCUGAUGGUGUGAAGAGUGCCCUCAAACGCAGCAUCAUCUCCCACAUCCUAGGACCAUCAGCGUCGCAAGCGGUCAUGACCACUCUGCUUUCGACUGAGCAGACGCGUCGGGCUCGCGCUCUUCAGUGCACUGAAACUUUCCGGAUGCAGCGGUAUGAGUUGAACACUCCUGAACCCGCGGACAAAGGCGUGAUGACCUACGGUUGGCUGGAUUCGAUAGUGCAAGAGAAGCUACGGACGGAGUGGCUGGACUUGUGCUGGCUUUCACUCAUCCCCGAAAUGUACGGGGUCGACAUUGCGGUUUGGGAGCCUACCGGGAGAGGGCAGUUGGUGCCGCUGUACAAGAAGAACAUGUGGGGCCUGUUUCUGUUUGACAAAAAAAUCAAGCACAAGCGGACGGCGAAGAGCGAUGGGGGUAGCAAGAAAAAACAAGGGCCAAGCAGAGAAAGCAAGGGGAAGUCAGGAGGAGGUGGCGCCGCCGGCAGCACGGGGGGGGGCAACUACGACUCCGAUGGGAGCAUUGGCGACGAGGGCACGGACUGGACUUAUCUCGGAUGCAGAGGCGCGCUCCCUUCUCUCACAAGGAGUCAACAGUUGCUGCGGCGCAAGCUGAACAAGAUCGCUGAACCAGCGUACAAGGCGGCGUUCAAACGUACGAGCAUCAUGAAAGCGAAGGCCGAAAAGGUGUGUUCUGUGUCCCGCGUUCCUCUUGUGAUCAUGUGUGAUUGCGCAUCCGUUAGGGCGUGCUUGUAGGAGUGUGUGCCUUUUGUCUUGUGUCGGCGACUGAUGUGUCGUGUUAUGUUCCGUACCGGGUUGAACCUCUGGUUGACGUGCUUUGUUUGGGGCAGUGACACAUAAUUGCAAUGGCUGCUUGUGAUCUAUUCUUUGUUUUCGCGGGUCUUUUGCUGCGGUGUUGUGUAAUGCAACUCAUUUCCUCGUAUCACGUACAAGGCCCCUUCGUCGUUGGUUGUACGCAAUGGUUCCGUCGUGGUCGACGCCGUUGUACUGUCGCUAGUCC